AUGACGAGGUACAGCUAUGGGAAAGCAGUGCAAGGGACCAUGCGGGUGACUUUGUGCCAGAAGGCAAGGAGGCAUCCUCAAAAUGCCAGCAAGGACACCUGUAGGGAAUACAGCGGUCCGACCGUGAGCAAGGGGUGCUUCACCCCUUCUGUGAGCACGUCAGUCUUCAGCCUGGCUCCCGGCGAGGAGGAUGGCAAGCUCUAUGCAGAAGCCUCUCUCCUGGAGAUGGGCACAGGGGUGCGGAUCAACACCUCCAGCCAAAUCCUCAUCUCCAGGACAGCUGCAAGAGCAGUGUUUGAGACACCAAGUGCAUAUUACAUCCCUGGACUACCGUACAGGGGGAAGAUUAAGCUUCAGGAUCACUAUGGAAAUGGUAUGAAAAACAGAAAAGUUUAUCUUGUGAUAAAGUUCAUGAGGCGUCGGUUUAUCAAAACAUACAUCACGGAUGACAGUGGAAUAGCAUCGUUCAACCUGGACACAACUGCCUGGAACAGCUCAUCAGUAUCUUUGGAGGUCACUGGGAAGGCUGGAAUUGUUGUCAGGGGCCAGAGGAUUGUCCAGGUCGGGAAGCUGAACAUGUUGAAGGGCUCCUUCUCCAUCCCUUUGACCUUCACUGCUGACUUCACCCCAUCACCUUCCUUAGUGGUGUACACCAUCUUCCCCAAUGGAGGGGUAACAGCUGACAGCACCCGUUUUGAUGUUGCCUUGUGCUUUGAAAACCAGGUCAAGGUAGGAUUCCCAGUUAAAGAAGCCCACCCAGAGUCACCAGUGCAGCUCCAACUGCAGGCAGCCCCUGGCUCCCUGUGUGCAGUACAAGCAGUGGAUGAAAACAUGUUCUUUGUGAGACCAGAGAGUGAGCUGACAAGGCAAAUGGUCUAUGGUUUGUUCCCUGCUGCCUACCGACAUGGAUACCCUGCCCAAGUAGAAGAGCAUUCAGAUCACUGUGUUCAGCCCCAGUUCACAUCAUCUCUGCUACGAGGGAAGCCACAACAUUCCUUUCAGCCUGACAUCUUUAACCUCUUCCGGAACAUGGGGCUGAAAAUCUUCUCAAACCUCGUAAUCAAGAAGCCUCAGUGCUUUCAUCGGGCAGAUAGGAAGCCAACCAUGGGGGGCCCUUCUACAGAAGACCAAAGAAUCACUAAGGAACAACCCCAAUUUACAACCCAUGGAAAACUUCACCACUAUUUCCCUGAAACUUGGAUCUGGAAUCUGUUCUCUGUUGGCUCCAACGGCAGCAGGAAUGUCCUGGUCACAGCGCCUGCUGCUGCCACAGAAUGGAAAGUCAAGAUGUUCUGCUUGGCGGGGAGGCGAUUUGGCCUUGCCCCGACCACGAGCCUCAGAACGGUCCAGCCCUUCUUUGUGGAUGUGAUGCUGCCAAAUUCUGUCAUCCGAGGUGAGACCUUCAUGCUGAAAGCUACUGUCUUCAACUACCUGCAGCAGUGCAUACAGAUCCAUGUGGCCCUGGCUAAAUCCCCAGACUACCAGGUGGAGCCGUGCCGAACCUGCAGGGACAAGGAGUGUCUGUGUGCAGAGGAGUCCAAGACCUUCAUGUGGAAUGUGACAGCAGUCCAGCUGGGGACUCUGAAUAUCACAGUGAGGAUAGAGGUACUGGACACCACGUCACGGUGUGGGGGCAGGAAGCCCUUGCCAGCUACCAUGAGGCGGAGGCAUACGCUGUUCAAACACUUGCUGGUCCAGCCAGAAGGUGUGUUAGUGGAGAAGUCUUACAGCUCCCUUCUGUGCCCAAGAGGAGGAAACAUGGCUGAAGAACCUGUGUCCCUUCGCCUCCCUGACAAUGUAGUAAAGGGAUCUGCCAGGGCUUCCAUUUCUCUCUCAGGUGACCUCAUGGGGAUGGCACUGCAGAACCUGGACCACCUGGUGCAGUUGCCCCACGGCUGUGGGGAGCAGAACAUGGUGCUGUUUGCCCCCAUUGUCUAUGUGCUGCAGUACCUGGAGAAGACGAGGCAGCUGACCCCUGAGAUCAAGGAGAGGGCAACAGGAUUCCUGCGCAACGGGUACCAGAUGCAGCUUCUUUAUAGGCACAGAGAUGGGUCCUACAGUGUCUUUGGGCAGCAGGAUGGGGAAGGGAACACUUGGCUGACAGCUUUUGUAGUCAAGAGUUUCAGCCAAGCCAGAAAAUACAUCUAUGUAGACGACAAGAAUGUCCAGGAUGCCCUACGCUGGCUAGAGCAAAACCAGCUCCCCAGUGGCUGCUUUGCCACCAAAGGGAGCCUCUUUCACUCCUCCCUAAAGGGCGGCGUGGAUGAUGAAAUCUCCCUGGGGGCAUAUGUCGCUGCAGCACUGCUGGAGCUGGGUCAGCCGCUGAAGGGCAAGCUGAUGCAGGCUACUCUCCGCUGCCUGCAGCAGGCGGUUCACAACGUCACCAACAUCUACACAGAAGCUGUGCUGGCCUAUGCCUUUGCCCUGGCUGGGGACUAUGAAACGACCCAGGAGCUGCUGUACAAACUGGAGGAACAGGCCAUCAAAUCAGGAGGACAAAUCCACUGGAGCCCCAAGCCAAGCUCUCCAGCUUCCACAGACUUCUGGCCUGAUACUCAGUCAGUGGACAUAGAGUUGACAGCCUACGUGCUCCUGGCGUACCUCUCUAAGCCACGGGUGCAUGCAGGUGACAUGACAACUGCAGCUGGUAUCGUAGCAUGGCUGACCCGGCAGCAGAACGCCUAUGGGGGCUUUGCCUCCACCCAGGACACAGUUGUUGCCUUGCAAGCCUUAGCAAAAUACGCAGCAAGGACGUUCAGCACAUCAGGCCAGGCGCUUGUGAGGGUGAAGUCCCAGAGGGGUUUUGGGAAGGCUUUCCAAGUCAACCGCCAGAAGAGGCUGCUGGUGCAGCAGGCAGCACUGACGGAGGUCCCGGGGCAGCUCCUGGUGCAGGUCCACGGCAGCAGCUGUGUCUUCGCUCAGACAGUGCUGAGGUACCACGAGCCUCCCCCGCGGGCUGCUGUAACCUUCACUCUGCGUGUCAACACAGAGCUGACCAACUGUAGCCAAGCCAACGCACGUGUCCUCAGCGUCCGCAUCCUCGCCAGCUACAUCGGGAGCAGAGUCACAUCCAACAUGGUGGUCGUGGAGGUCUCCCUGCUGUCCGGAUUUGUCCUGGCUCCUGCAUCCAGGAUGUUGCUGGAGCGCAGAACCAUUGUUAAGAAAAUAGAAGUGAAAGCUAGUGUGGUCUACAUUUAUUUGGAGAAGCUCAACGAUGAAUCUCAGACUUUUAUUCUGCAACUGGAACAAGUAAUUCCGAUGAAGAACCUGAAACCGGCCGCCAUCAAAGUCUACGAUUACUACCAGCCAGAGGAGCGAGCCUUGGCUGACUACGGUGCUGUCUGUAGUUGAGUAGCACUCAGGCAGCUUUGGAAUACAAGAUGCAACUGAACAUGCUGCGACAGCUGUAUCUCCUGGGCCCUUCCUGCAAGCUCCUGUGCCAUCAGCUCUUCUUUGAAGCAGCCUCCAGAUAGUAAUGCAGUGCAUUGAGACUCUAGCCCCUCACCCCCGCCUCAGCAGUACAGCGUUGCCAACUGCUCUUGAUAAAGGACUCUAAAUGCAACCGUUGGCCAAAGGAACUGUUGAACAUAUCCCAGUCUUCCCUUGCCUUCAGCUCCAGCUUGUGUGACGGUCACCUCCCCCAGGUACCAACUCUGCCUUGGUGCAUGCUCUGCAUCCUCCUGUGCAAGUCCGCUGCUGGAGGGGCAGAGUUUUUGCAUGUGUACAUGU